UGUCGUUUUGUAGGAAGUUCCUGGGAUGUUGUUUUGAGUUUUCUCUGAGCACGUGGAGGCAUAGUGUAGCUUUCCAUGCUCAGUCUGCGGGCGUACAUGCAGCUCGCCUCGUCUGUGGAGUGUCAUUAGCGCAUAGAGUUGAGAGAUGUCAGCGGGAGGCCAGGCCACCAGGAGCCGGGAUAUCCCAGCCGUCAGGCGGGUCGCUAUCCACGACGCUGCGCAUUUGCCAAACGACUACUCCACGACCCCCGGAGGAACUCUGUUCAGCACCACGCCUGGAGGUACCAGAAUCAUCUACGACAGGAAGUUCCUCCUGCAGUGUCGGACAUCUCCCCUGACUCGCACGCCGCCCAACCUGCCUGACAUCCCAGGCGUCACCCGGCCACUCAAGCCCGAUGCCUCCAGCGAUACAAACCAGUCGCUCAGCAACAACACGGAGCACAGCGUGCAUGCAGAGAGCGCAGGUGAAGAUGCCCAGUUUGAGAUGGACAUCUAAAGCGGGUCAGCUUUAAGGAUUAAAGCAAC